GAUAAAUUGGCAUUUGUUCAGGCGUCGUCAGAGGCAGACAGUGGCGGAGGUGUGGCCAGUACGCAUGCGCAGCGACCCUGCCAGCUAGCAUUGUCGCGUGACCCAAGCGGUGGCCCUGCCCCCUCGGCCGAGCCGCAGCCAAUGGGAGGCGGCCUGCCGCUGCUGGUGAUCGACUCGCCGACCAAUGAGAACGCCGCAUCUGGACUGCUGUGCACGCCGUGCCCCUCCCCCUCGCCACGCAACAAGUCCCCGGUCACCGUGCAGGAAUGGGUCGACUCUCUUCCGCUCACACCGGUCGAGCCCACCAGGCCUGAUGAUGAACACAGUGAACCUACCACCGCCUUGCCAGCCACCCUAAAUGAAGCUGACGAUAUCCUUACUUUGGGAGCCGAAGCUGGAUUACUGUGCGCAGGGCCUGCGUCCACCCCGUUCCCCGCCGUUCAGGUUACAACAUGUAGAGAGCCUUCAGAAGCCGGUAGUCAUUGUUCGAGUGUUGAAUCACUUUUGGAAGCUCGCAGGGCAGAUCCCGAGGAGGUUCUGUUAGGCCUGGGUUUUGGCGGACCCGCAUAUACGGCGGACACUGGACGCAUUCCGGCCAGGUUCCUGCAGCCUUCCAAGCUGAAAGGAGUGGCCAUUGAUGAUUUUCUCCGGCAUCAACAGGAUCUGGUUCAUAAUUUCGAAUCGGGGUACUGGGGAUAUAGGGGUUUAACAGGUCCUUCGCAUACGAUUCCCUCAGUGAUUGUGGCAAAGAUAAUGGAGAAGCUGCGCGAGCACGAGCGCGAGAACUCCGUCGCCUCUCCACCGCCUCAGCAGCCGCCGCACUUCCCCCACCACCGCGCCACACACACCCCCUCCACGCACCACCACAACAACAGCAACAACGACUCUGACAACAACAAGUUCUCGCGUGUCGCGCACAACCUGCUAACCAAGAUACGGUGUGGCAGUGUGCUGACACCGGACAAUAGGGCAUGGCUGGACAGUCAGGGCGACAAAUCGCCGGAGCUGGCUCGACGUCGCCGACUCAUCCUCGGCCAGCAGUCGUUCACGUUCGGUCGCGACGGACAUCUCAUCGAGUCGCCACCAUCAAGUCUCACCGAUAGUGAUCGGUGGACAAGCAGUACAGGCACAACAGGGCAGAACAAAACAUCCAUAGAACAGCCAAGCAAGGAGGUCAAAGUCAUUUUCCCAUCAAUCGAAGAGGACCUCAUUGAUCGAGAACCAUCACCCGGCGUUGAAGACAACAUCGAUCAUCGACUUCAAAUGAUGGAUGACAUCGAUCAUCGACUUCAAAUUAUCGAUCAUCGGGACCAGAUGAUGGAUGACAUCGAUCAUCGACAUCAAAGGAUGGAUGACAUCGAUCAUCGACAUCAAAUGAUGGAUGACAUCGAUCAUCGACAUCAAAUGAUGGAUGACAUCGAUCAUCGACUUCAAAUGAUCGAUCAUCGGGACCAGAUAAUUGACAACAUCGAUAAUCGACAACACAUGAUCGAUAACAGUGUGUCGGCACUUAUCGUCGAUAACAAUUACGAACCAAAACUUUCGGCUACGUCGUCGUUCGAACUGUCAGAAGACAACGAGAAACAGUGUCUGGUUUCGAUGGGUGACAGCGGAUUGCCGUCCUCGGGUCGAUCCUCACGAGGAUUGGACGAGCUGGAAUCUCCGAUGGGAGCUGAGAGUCCCAUGAACAGGAUACCCGAGGAGGAUCAGUGUCGAUCAGUUUGCCAGGGUCGGUCAGUUUCACCCACUCAGGGUCGAUCAGUUUCACCCACUCAGGGUCGAUCAGUUUGCCAGGGUCGGUCAGUUUCACCCUCUCAGUGUCGAUCAGUUUCCACCUCCCAACGCAGCAGUCGAUCAGAUGUGCUGGAAGGAUGCUACACAGUGCCACCGGAAGAGAUGAUACAGUCGCUGGACAAAGUGAUCGAAUCCUUGGAGAGAAUCAUCGAGCCACUAGAGGCGGGAUCAAGGUUAGUUCUCUCUCCGGAUGAUACGCGUUGCAAAGAGCAGUACUGCGACCUGAAACAGCUGACCGAGCAGAUGCGCGCGUCGGGAAUGGAGGUCGACUGCGGCAGUGAGGCGCAGUUUGUGGCGCUGACUCCGCACGAACGGUGCGCGCUGCAGUGUCGCGUCGUGCGCCACGCGCUCAGCGCAUACCACGCGCAGCUGGCGAGCGAUGACAUGCACACGCAGCUCAAGACCUGUUUGGGUGUCGAGGUGCAGAAGUUGGCCGAUCUCCUCGACUCGACGUCCGACUGUGACCGGCUGGCUACUAUUGUCAGACAGAUGACGUCACUACUGGACCACCAGACUCAGCUGGGAAGACAGCUGAGGGGUGUGGGGGAGGAGCCCCUCUCCUGCCACGAGUUGUGCGAAGUUGUGAUGCGGCGCGUGCGCAGUUUGGAGCUGCUUGUCAGGCGCAAUGCGCAGCAACUGGCCGAAAUCAGGAAACGAUCCACCAGCUAAGUCACAUUUAGGGCCGGUUUCCGAGCUCGCGAUCUAUAGUGAGGUCCACGUUAUAAUGGCAGUGUUUGAUUAGCGAUGGUAUUGCUAUCCUUGUCUAUCAUUAGACAAAGCAGAUAG